UUAUUUUAUCUAUGGCAAUGACGGCAUUAUUUACUGUCUCUGUCUCGACGAAAUAUCAUUUUAUACUUUUAUAGUAAAAAAAUCUAGAAUAUUGUUUGCGAGCAAAGUACAGUUCGCGGGUCAACUUCGGCCCGCACAGUGUUUUAACGACCCGUCCUGCUUCUUCAUAACUACGACUAUUGUUUGAUGAAUAUAACAAAAAAUAUACAAAUACUUAAUCUCCGUCCGUAUUAUACUAUAUAAUUGGACUGCUAAAAAUGACUAACAAAGUAGCUAUAGUAACAGGAGCAAAUAAAGGACUUGGUCUCGCUAUAGUAAAAGGUCUUUGUGAGAAAUACGAUGGAACUGUAUACUUGACAUCACGGGAUACGAAAAGAGGACGAGACGCGUGUGAGGAAUUGAAAAAAAUUGGAUUACACCCAAAGUACUAUCAACUCGAUGUCACUGACAAUGAUAGUGUAAGAAAAUUUUGUACAUUCAUAAAAGAAGAGCACAAACAAAUUGACAUUGUUAUAAACAAUGCCGCGAUAUUGUUUCUGAAAGAUGCCGAAGAACCGAGAUUGUAUCAAGCCGAACAAACGAUUCUGGUGAAUUUCACUGCGUUAGUAAAUUUUUGUGAAGCCAUAUUGCCUAUGAUAAAAGUUGGCGGGAAAAUUGUCAACAUAUCCAGUUCCUCGGCACAUUUAUCUAGAAUACCAUCAGAGAAACUACGAAAUAUAAUCAGUUCACCAGACUUAACGUUAGAAGCGUUAAAAGAAUUAAUUAGUGGAUAUGUAGAAGCAGUGAGAGAGAAUAAAGAUAUCGAGGAGGGUUGGGGAGAUUCUCCGUACGUGGUGUCCAAAGUUGGAGUCAACGCCUACACAUUCCACUUGCAUCGUAGAUUAGCAAAUAGAGGUAUAGUUGUAAACUGCGUGCACCCCGGCUAUGUGAUGUCGGACAUGACGCGCGGCGGGGGAAACGUGUCCCCGGAGCAGGGCGCCAUGCAGCCGCUGCUGCUAGCACUAGAGUCCCAGACUGGCGGCCGCUACGUGUGGCACGACGGCACAGAGGUACCCUGGGACGGACCCGACCCGAGAGGAUACAUCGACGGCAGGCAAUGACGUGCUAUAGUACAUUAACUUCUUAUCAUUUGAUAUUAAGCUCUUUUUCGAAUAAAGUUUUGAUAUAAAACUGUC